AGCGAAGCGCUGAGGAACCGGGGCCUUCCUCCGGCGGGCAGGCCUCUAGCACGUGUGCGAAGCUACGCAAGUGAGUGUGGGGCCCGGCUCUCGUACCCGUCCGGUUCUGUACUGGCGAGUCCUAAAAACGCUGUGUGCGAACGUGACGAGCGGUCCCGAGCCCAGCCGCGUGUCCGCCCUUUGCUUUCGGCCACCUGCUGCGGGACGCGGCGUGCAGGUAGAGGAGGCCCCGUAUGCGGCCGCGGCUGUCCUCAGCGCUGGUCUCGUUUGUUGAGCGGCUCUGCGGGAUCCCUCCUCACCUCUGCUGAGCUCCAUUUCAGCUUUUCCGCCUCGGGCUGGACGGACAAAGAGAUGCUGCGCACUGGCCAUGGCUUUCAGGGCUGUGAAUUCAAGAAGACAUAUUGGACUCCAGCAGCUCUCAUCCUUGGCAUGGGCUGGACGAACAUUAUUGGGACCUAUGAAAUCCUGUAAAUUUGUUGUGGAUGAAAGCACCAACGAAAGCAUGUUGAUUUGUUCUGCUGUUAGACUGAUGGAAAGUUUGGAUUUAACUAGUGCUGCUGGACAGCUUCUUAAUGAAACCAUUCAGGCCCAAAACAAGGAGUUUAAAACUGGGAUGAGUACCCUGUUGUUCCUUGUUGGUGCGUGGAGUAAUGCUGUACUGGAAUGCCUCCAGCAGAAUGUUCCUGUUUCAGCAAUAGUAUCUGUGAUGUCUGAGGGGUUGGACUCUUGCUGUGAGAAAGCCCAGUGUCUUCAAAUAUCAGUACAUGAUGUAAACAAAGAGCUGUGUUCUAGCAGUGUUAGGCCAAGAACUUCUGAAAGUAAAGUUUCCCAAAUUCCAUGUGACAGUUCUCUAAAUCAUCAGAUUUCUCUGUAUUUUCAGAAAGAUAUUUCUGCAUCAGAAGAACUUGUUCCAAGAAAUUCUUGUUUCCCUCAGGAAGCUGAUUGUAAUUUUAAUAAGGGCCUGGUUUGGCCUUUGGCCAGUUUUGGUUCAGUAGCUUCCCUUGUCGGGUCAGUGGAUGACAAAAGUACAUCUGUGAUUUCUGGAAGUGGUGUCUCUGCAUCCAUCUGUAAGCGAAAAGUAUUAACUCACAGCAGAUACUUCAGCACCGUAGCAAAAAGCCAUGUUUCAAGUCACCUACAUGAUUCUCAGGUAUACCUCUCAGGACAGUCAGCAUAUACUUGUGAAUGUUAUGGUUUAGAACACCUUGCAAUGACUCUAAGUCAUGGUAAUCAGCCUAGCAUGAAACUGCUUCGAGGCAUUGUUGCAUAUCAACACGAGAGAGCAGAAUGUAGUGGCUCUUCCCAGUUCAGUAUCGCAGAAAUUGCAACAUGCUGUUUACCAGGUCUGCCUGAAAGUUACUCUUGUGUUUGCCCAGGUUUUAUCACUCUGGUGUCACCAGAACAAGCCACAGUUAUCAAAUACUUUCAGGACAAAUCCCUUUGGAUUCUGCUAAUGGAUGGUGACCUAACCGAACAGUAUCGUCACUUGGGUUUCACUAAGCCACGGAAUGUAAAGACCGUAUUGGAGUAUCCUAGCCUACAGGAAGGUGGAUCAAGAGACUCGUGGCUAAGCAGUACAUUAGAUAUUCUAAUAAGCUUGGAAGUAAACUUGAUUUUGGUCAAAGGAGCUGUGUGUAAAAACUUAAUGGAAAGAUGCAUUGCAAACAAAAUAUUGGUAAUAAGUUCUGUGACUCAGAAUGUUUUGGGUGCCUUUGGGGAGGUGACCGGUGCCCAGCCCGUGACAUACCUCACUCAGCUGAAUGCUGCUUGCCUGGGGAGCGGGGUCUGGGUAGAGCUGUGGAAGGGCUGUGACGAGCGUGCAAUGGAACUGGGUCAGCUUGUGCCAGUCACGAUAAAAGUGCAAAGAAUUCCCCUGCUGACAGCCAUGCUCACCACCACAGUAGCUUCAAAAAUGCAGCUCAUUGAAGACCAGUUUUGGACUUUUGUCUAUCGACUCCAUCAUGCUUUAAAGGAUGGGAAAGUUUUUCCUGGUGGUGGUGCAGUUGAGUUCUUAUGUCUUAGUCACAGUCAGAUGCUUGCAGAGCAGUCUUCAAAGCUAGCAGAUAAAAAUGCUGUGAAGGAGUUUCAUAGUCCUAGGCUGGCAGCAUCUUCAUCAGAGUAUAAAGCAAUUGUGCUUCAAGCGCUAGCCACUGGCUGGAACCAGUAUCUUUCCAUGGUUAUGUGCAACACUGCAAAAGCAGCAUCGGAGUUUGAAGCACAUACCUUAAUUGAUCAUCACCUCCAAAAAGCAGCUUACUGUGGCUCUCCCUCAGCAUAUGUACUGAAAGAGUUCAGAAGAGGUGGUAUGUUCAGAGGUGGUUCUAUCCCUUUCACUGACAGUGAAGAGGGUGUAAAGGCUUAUGAUAAUGUUACAGCCAAGAUGGAGGCAUGGCGGAGAGCUCUAGACUUGGUGCUGCUAGUGCUUCAAACGGAUGCCGAAAUCAUCAUAGGUCCCAGAAGGAGUCAGCCACAUUCAUCAAGUGAAUUUAUGUUUUUGUAGGACUUGUAAGCUUGCUUUUUUUUCUUUUUUUUUUAAUGAGUCUGGGAGUCAACGGGUGAAAGAAGUCCAGGUACAAUCUACAUUUCUUCAAAAAGCAAACAUUUAGACGUGGUUAGGGCUUGAGAGUAUAAUAGCAGGAACCUCCAUGUGAAACAGUAACAAGAUAGAUCUCAUUUCCCAUUUCUAGAAACUGGAGUUAAAUAAGACAAAAAUCACGUGUGGGCUAAUCUCUAAACCCCAGCCAUGUGUUCUUAACUGAUGAUAUUGUCUAUAUAGCUAGGCUAAUCCAGUUCAGCUGACUUUUCUAGCUUUAUUUAGCAGAGCAGAUGUGCAGUUCUUUUUUUUUUAUUAUGGAGAGGAGCACUGUGAAGUCAAGUUGGAGAAAUGUUAGAUUCCUUGUGUAAACUUCCCAACACGUACUGUUUGUAUGAGGUGUUUGCAGUCGUAUGCCGUAAAGUACUUAAUAUCUUCUGAAGAGGGGGCUUUCUUACAUUUUGUUGGCUUAUUUGUCUGCGUUAGACCUAAGAGGUAAUUAAGAUCAUAACUCAUAAUCGUAAUUCAUAAUUUCUUAAUUUCUGUGCAUUCCAAGUUAAGCUCGCGAUAACUUAUGACUGUUACGUCUUAAAAUAAGAGGUUGUAUUGGGUUGGUUCUGUUUUUGCAUAAUUGUAUGGGCAAUAUGUUUUCUAUUUUGAAAUAUACCCCUUUGAAAUUUCU